AUGCAGAAAACCUAUAAGAGCACACAAACACAAGAGAGAUCAGUUCCAGACACACGUGUUGGAUCGACGUUCCCUUGUUACUCUGUUAUCGUAUUUAAAACUACUUUAACUUUGGAUCAAGACUCCCGGACUUGGAAGAAAUCACAAGAAGAAUUACAGCAUGCCACGGGAAAGUGAAGGAUCUUCAAUGGAUGACCAGACUAGAAGAGGUAAAAGGAAGGCCAGUCCUGCCCCCAAAAAGGCCAAGAGGAAAAGGACAAGGGUGUCUAAAUCUCCACCCCGAAACACCCCUGAGAAGAAUGUCAACCGGAGAGUGAAAAGGAAAGUUAGAGAAGAUGGAGAGGAGUCACCAAAGACAAAGAAGAGGGCAUUUGACAUUAUUCACCUUACCCAGGAUGACGAUGAAAUGGCUUCCUCCUCAGCGGACACUGGCAGAGACAGCAGCAGGCCUUUCAAGGAGGUGUCGGAAAGGAAACGUAGGAGAAAGGCCAGCAAUGAUGGAGGAAAGCCAAAAAGAAAGAGGAGCGUAGACAUUGUGGAGACCACACAGGAUGUGACCAUAAAUGCCUGCAGAGAUAAAUUUGAGGACAAAUACGUGCAGCAAAAUCAACUCGGCGAAGGAGGCUGUGGGUCUGUUUUUGCUGGCUACCGCAAAGCAGAUAACUUACCUGUUGCCAUCAAACACGUACCAAAUGAGAAGGUGUUUUGCAAACAUGUGGACAAUAAUGGAAAGAAGAUUUCAGUGGAAGUCGCCACUAUGUUAAAACUUGCGGAAGGAACAACUGGAGUGGGCACAUCAGCAUCUGUGGCCCUUCUGGACUGGUAUGACCUGGACAAGGAGCUGAUCCUGGUGAUGGAGAGACCAGUACCCGCCGUAGACCUCCUUAAGUACAUCCAGGGCAAAGGAGGCUCCAUAGAUGAGAAUGAGGCCAAGAUCAUAAUGAAGCAGUUGGUUGAUGCAGCUAAAGAACUUAAAGAUAAGUGCAUCUUUCAUCGGGACAUCAAGGUGGAAAAUAUCUUGAUUGAGACAGGCUCAGGGACCCCCCGUCUCCGGCUCAUUGACUUUGGACUCAGCUGUUUCGUCAAGGAAAAGUCACGUUACCACAUUUUCUAUGGUACCCCUGAUCACAUUCCUCCAGAAUGGUUCCGUCGUAACACCUACCACGCUGGCCCCACAACAGUAUGGCAGGUCGGAGUGGUUCUGUAUGAAUCGGUCCACGGAGAAACACGUUUUGCGACCAAGAGCUUCACCAGGAACAAGCAGAAAAUCAGCAAUGAGCUGUCCAAAAGUAAGAAAAACAAACUCACAUGUAGAUGUCUGUCAGCAGACACACAUCUGCUUAUUUUAGUUCACAUGCUGAUGGAUUACUUUAGCCGUCUGCCUCACCUUUCUCAUACCUAUUUCUCUCUAGAGUGCCAGGAUUUUCUCAAAGGAUGUCUAGCCAAAGUCCCCGAAGACCGCCCCACCCUGGAGCAACUCCAGCUGCACCCAUGGUUCAGGUAAACACAAUUAUUGGGCGGCACAGUGGUGCAGUGGUUAGCACUGUCACCUCACAGCAAAAAGGUACCUGGUUGCAACCCUCAGCUAGGGCCUUUUAUGUGUGGAGUUUGCAUGUUCUCCCUGUGUUUGCGUGGGUUUUCUCCGGGUGCUCCGGUUUCCCCCACAGUCUAAAAAUAUGCAGGUUUAUAGGCUAAUUGAAGACUCUAAAUUCCCCCCCAACCCGUGUUUGCGUGGGUUUUCUCCGGGUGCUCCGGUUUCUCCCACAGUAAAAAAAAAAAACAGAUU